AGGAGUCAGGAGCUUGAACGCUUGAAGCGUAGUUGGUGUCCGAUUUUUUCGUUCCUGUUCGUUCAUGUCAAUGGGAAAAAGUGGGAAAAAGUAUUUCGUUAUUUCCAUUAUAAUCUUUCGUGUCAUUGAACAAAUAUAUUUGAAUUUUACUCUCACUAUGUAAAUUCGUAAAAAUGACUGGUUUGUUUGCAUUUUGUGCAAUCUGUUUUGUUCUCUACUGUAAUUUUACUUGGGUAAUCCCGAGAUUUAUAGCGUGGUUAGUCAAAAGACGAUACAAGAUUUAUUUGCGAGUUGGUCAUAUCUCGUUACCGUAUUUUAUACUUCGAGACGUAAAUAUUUCAAAAAAUGGUUUUACGUUGCAAAUCGAAGAAAUCAGCAUACGCAGUAGUUUGUUUAGCAGCGAUGUUGCAAAAUUACUGGCAGUAAUCAUGAAAGAUGUGCGAGUUAACAAGGAUGUUCCAGUUAAAUCUGUACGAGUGGCAAAAAGACGGACAAAAUUAAUGGAUUUUCGAAACAAGAGAAUCCCACCUAUAAUCAUAACUUUUGUACAAUUUAUGGCUGUGCACGUAGAAAACUUGAGCCUUUUAAUUUUGGGUAACGGCUGGUUGGCAAACGGAAGCGCGGAAAGCGUCAGUUUCGAUGGUAGCGUCGUUCAUGGAGCUCGUACUCUUCUCGCGUCGGCUGCCGUUAUAGGUGGAGCUAUGAAAUUGUUACGGCACGCAUCGGACGCGUGUCUGUCACAGAUAUCCUUUGCCGGAACGGCCGAAGCUACUUUGAAAGCGCAAGGAGAACUUUCCGUAGAGAAAUUGUACAUCGGAAUAACGCAGACAGAGGGUUCUGGAGGAGCAGGUCUCGUUACCUUCUUCAAAGAUAGAAGUUCCUUAACCGCUACAACUCCGUAUUCGGAUGUACGCGUUGAUUCGUCGAACGAUUUAUUGGCUCGAUUGGCACCGGUUAUACCAAAGGAUUUCGCAUUGAAAAUAGGUAAUUCUUCUGUAAUCACGGGAGGAGAGGACGGAGUGGUAGUUGGUUUAGAAGGGGUAAUGAAGGGCCUUCAAGUUAGCACAAAGUUUCAACCAUCUGAUCCACAAUUAAAUCUUACGUUAAAUUUGGAUGGUCUGUCAGUUCGUAGUAAAUUUCCUGUCUUAACUUUACGAUCGUUAAUAAUAAACGCAAAGGUAGAAGAGAAUAUUUUACAAAUUGCUACGCAAGUCAAUAGUCUUUCCGUCAUUUAUGACCACAAAGACUGGGAGACGGUGUUAUGUAGCAGCGAUAACAAAGUUUCAACACCUGUGGCCAGUAUGACGUUGAAAAAGAAAUUACCGUGGUUGGAUAUAAGAGUGGACACUGAACUCUACGAUUCGUCGUUAUGCGUCAAGUUGUUGGACGUUCACGAAGCUUCGUGCGGAGUAGCUCAUAUGAAAUUUUCUAUAAACACGCUUACAGAGACCGACGACAGUUGGAACACAGAGUUGGUUGUGGAAUCACUGUAUUGUACUUUAAACGGUUCUAAUACUGUUACUUUGGAAACGUCUCAUCAGUGGGGGACACCUUUGUCCGUUGGAGUAUUAUUAGCUACAACGCGCACCAAUGCCAUAGGAAUUGCCGUUGACACUCUGGUAACCGAAUGGAGCUUGGAACUUGCCAGAUUUCUUCAAGAGGCUUACAAAUUUCACAGAUGUUGUCAAAGAUACAACAGCAAGAGAGCCGAAACAAUGAAGCAGGCUAGAGAUGAUUCGGACAAUGUUGCUCAAUUAAAUCUGAAAAUUACCAAUUGUAAUUUAUUCUUUAUCGCAGAAAAUAAUCUAUCCAUUAUGGUGCGUUUGGAUACUGCGAAUGUAGAACACAACACGAAGCGGCUGGUGGCCGUAACAGAGGGUGUAAGCGCAAUAACGUUGAAUAAGAAUGAACCAAUUAUUUGUCAACACGCUCAAGCGUUAGCACAUCCAUUUUUAGCUAUAAGAAAAUGUAAAGGUGCUGUCACUUCUGAAAUGAUAAAUAUUAGUUUGGACGGUACCAGUUUCGCUUGGAGUCCAAAUUUACACCUUCGUCUGCUGCAACUUUGGUUAGAGUCGGCAGACUUUCGAUCCAUUAUAGAUGAAGAUGCAUCGAAGAUCGGUAUUCAAGGUGAAAGAAUGGAAAAACAGAGACGAGUGAUAGACGUAUUGGCAACUAGCGGCAUCAGUCUGUCCAUAGACAUUUCUCCGAAACACUAUUUGGAACUUUCGUCGGAUCAGUUGCGUUGGUCCCAAGGAGAAUGGAAGUUGAAUUAUGUACGAGUCGCGUUGGAUAUGGCUGACAUAAUUAUGAUAGAAGGUUUCGAAUUAGUUCGAGUGUUUGAUAACAGAGAAGUGCGACUCGAAAGGCAAAGUAACGAAGGUUUCGUCUUGGAUUGGAACAACCAGACUUGGAUGCUUAAUAUCGAAUCGAUAAAAGCUUGUUUCCCGUACGAGCAUCAGUUCACGGACGCGAUUCAAAACGAGCUGUUUAGUAUAAAGAAAUGGCUGAAGGAAAUUCAUUCAGGCUCGAGCGGCAAAAAAGAGAGGAGGCCGUUACCUUGCGAUUUGGUGAUAAAGAUCAAAGAGUGGGUAUUUGAGGUGAGCGACGAUCCGUUCGAAGUACGCUUGCGGGAUAAUUACGAACUGUUGGAAGACGAGUACAAGGAGAGCUUGAAACGACAAGCGAUGCUCGAUGCAAAAGUACAAGAACUUUGUCGAGCUCAUUUGUUACUUCCUCAGGGCAAAGUCGAGGAAUUGUACGAUAGUUUGAACAAGAAAAACGCUGAAAUUUAUGUACAAAGGUGGAAGCAAAUGCAACGCGCCGGUCCCGCGAGAACGCGGUUGUUCGCCUGGUCUAUGUUGGACAUUGAGAUAUUAGCGUUGGCUGAUCCGUCGAUCGAUGGUACGGAAAACGCGACGAAGGCUCUUCGAGAAAUGGACGCGGAAACUCCCUGGCCCGAGGAUGGUCUCGAAUUCAAUACGCUCUGGGUCAGAGGGAUUAGCUUAAAGUGCGCCGAAUGGAAGCUACAAUUACGAGAUUUUCCGCAACCGUUGCUUUUGGUGGAAAGUUUAAGCGUAUGGGGUAGAUUGGCCGGCGCGGAGGCUUUAGCACCACCGAGAGCCAGGCGAACGGUGAGAAUCGAAAUCGGCGCACCUUGGGAGGAUAUCGUCGUGGAAAGGGGCAUGACCUCGUUAAAGUACUAUCACGAUCUAAAUUGGGACAUUGACAAGUUCAGGUACGCGUUCGGUCCGUGUUGGGAGCCGGUAAUAGCCCAAUGCAAUCUCAGUUUCGAGAAGAUAAUACAUCCGUCGAGAGAUCCGAGUCCUUCGUUGCCGUUCUGGGACAAGAUGCGGCUAGCUCUUCACGGAAGGUUAACGCUUUGCGUGAAGCAACUUACGGUUCUGUUGCACGGUUCCCUCGAUCCGUACAAUACCACCGAGGAGAUGGAACUGACCUGGACCGAAUUGGAGCUCGAUUGGACGCAGGGAAGAAUCGUGGUGAAAGGAGAUUUGGACGUUUACGUUCGUACGGCCAGCAAAUACGACGACUGUAGGUUACUGCAUUUACCAAACGUACGUUUCAGUAUUAAAUUAGCCUGGGUUUGUUUGGGCGAUCCGAGAGACCAUCAUGCCGCUAUACCUUGUGCCCCGGAUCGAUUGCCGGAAUAUUCGAGUAAUCAGGAGCACGAUUCGUUCAGAGCGUUUCGUUCGCAGAAUCUAAACGUUAGCCUGUCGCUCGAGACGAAACCGACCGAAUCACCGGCGUUGGCGAGCGCUCCGACCGCGUUACUCUACGGUAGUACCCUCAGAUGGUUUGAAAAUUUAAAAUUCAUUCUAUCCGGAGCGACCAGACCGACCAGAAAAGGGCCGCUCUUCAAAAACAUUCGACCUCGAAGGAAACAAUUGAGCAGACACUACAGAAAAGUACGAUUAACUUUGGCCUUUCAUCGGUUUCACGUCAGUUAUUGGAUGUCGUUCGCGAUGCAACGCGGAUUCGAGGUAACCGGCGGACGAGUGGCCUGCAGCAGCGAGCACAAUUUGUCCCUGCAUCCGAUCGACGAGGACGGUUUGAUACAUCGGCCGAGAGCGGAAUGGUCGGUGGUGUACAUGAAUUGCGAGCUCAGCGACGCGGAGAUCUGGCUGAAAAGCGCGCUCCACGAGGACAAGGAGAGCGCUUCGUUGCGGCAACCGGUUGAAAAGUGUUACUGUUUAAGCGUUGCACGCGUUAGUUACGGUAGGGAGGCGGCAAUGGUAGCGGGUGUAAGCGGAGGAGAUACUCCUACCCAUAGGCUGGUCGUGCACGACUUGAAAGGUGCCUGGACGAAAACGAACAGAGACGUCGCGUUUGCCCUCUUCGAUUCUUUCAUAAAGACUCAACAGCUUAAGAAGAAUCUGUCGACCGCCGCGCUGAAAGGGUUUCACAGGGAAAGGGAAACGACCAGUUCAUCGUCGUCAUCGUCAUCGACAUCGCACAAGAAUCAUCGAACUCGAUCGGUCGAGGUACAAAACGCAACUACGCAAAUCAACUCGAGCUCCGCGACGAAACCGCAGCAAGGAGAGGCUGUCGGGAUGCUGCAGAGAUUGAUUGCCGAGGCCGCGAAUAAACCGGUUGCCUUUAGCGACGAUUUAUCGGUACAAACGAGAGGCCAACAACUCCGUGGAUUGGCAGCUUGUCAUCAAGAUGACGUGUUGCACAAAAAUUGGCUAAUCGCUUUGGUAAACAGUCAGGUGUUGCUGAAAGGUAUCGAGACACGAGGCUACGUGAUUUUAUCGGCCGCUAAAGCCGAAAUAUUACAAAGGAUUCAUCAACCUGUAUGGAAGGAGAGAACUUUAGUGUCAAAGACAACGUGGGUAGGCUCGUUGGAGUGUAUGCAGUAUUACGCGACCGUUAGCGCCAACAUCGACGAGAAUAUCGACGAUAAUAUUAUGUGGUUGACUUUGGAUAAUAUACAAGAGAAAGAUUCGACGCAGGUAAUAGCCGGUUUACCGGAUGUACCGGCGCUAGUUGGUUCCGGUCAGAGCGUCGGCGGUGUGGUAAGUCAGACGGUCGGAGGUGGUGGCGGGCCUCAACAUCAGCUGCAACGAAUCGUUUCGAGAUGCAAAUGCGAGUUCUUUUACGUUGGUUACGGCCAAGCGUUGGACGUUGGCUCGAUCGAUCAAGUUCCUCCACCGCCGAGAGAAGAAGUAAGCCCGUGGGAGAGGAAAGAUCUCUCGGCGGCUGACGCGUUCACCUUGAUGCAUCACGAUUUGGAUGUGUGCACCAAUUCGUUGCAAUACGCUAUGAUUCUCGAUAUCGUGAACAAUUUGUUAUUGUACGUGGAACCGAGACGGAAGGAAGCAUCGGAGCGAUUACAGCGAAUGAGAUUUCAAUUGCAGUUGCAUUCGGUCGAGGAUCAAAAACGUCCGAUUCAACAAUUACAAAACACCGUGCGCGGUUUGGUAGCGAAACUAAGGAGGCUGGAACGCGAGACGUACUUGGUGCAAAAGGCUCUUGCCGAGGAGUCCAGUCCCGAGUUGUUGACAGAAAUGGAGCGACUCGAAGCAAGAGUUUUCGAAUGUAAAGAACAGCUUGGCGCGAAAGCUGAAGAACUAGAUGUGAUGUUAAGCUGUUACAAGGAAACAACUGCUCCGGCCACAGCUUCCACCACGUUGAAAGAUAAACCGGCAGCAGUCGCUAGAGUCGCUGAAAUUUGCUUCAAACACGCUCAGUGGAGGUUGACCGAUGCAGACGGUCAAUUGGGUAUCGCCGAUCUAAUCUUAACUAAUUUCUUGUAUACCAAAACCAGCAAAACCGACGACUCGGUCGAACAUCUUCUCGAAUUAGGAUACGUUAGAAUGACUAAUUUAUUACCGAAUCAAAUCUAUACGGAGGUACUGACACCAACGGAAUUACAAAGCAACAUGCCCGUUGACAGGCAGAGAGCUCUUCGAGUUUUCUGCAGGGAGAAGGCACCGGUUGCUGGAAUAUCGGUGAAAGAACAUUUUGAAAUUAACGUGGUUCCUUUAACGAUUGGAUUAACGAAAAAAUUUUUCAAUACGAUGCUGAAAUUCUGUUUUCCCGAGAGAGAUCCGGAAGGAAUAGAGGAACCACCCGCGCCGCAACGGGAUUCCUCUUUCUACGUACCGAUCGAAAGAAGAGACGACGUAGAAAAAAUGAAAGAAAGGGCAGAUAAAAAUAAACUAUUUAUAUAUAUUAAAAUACCCGAAGUACCCGUUCGUGUUUCUUACAAGGGAAAUAAGGAGAAAAAUUUGGAAGACGUUCGUGAUUUUGCUCUGGUAAUACCUACCUUGGAGUAUCAUAACGUCACUUGGACGUGGCUUGAUCUUCUUUUAGCGAUGAAAAGUGAUUCUAGACGCGUAAUAUUGAGUCAAGCUAUUAAGCAAAAGCUACAGAUCAAGCCAAGAGGUCCGCAAGAAGAAUCCGCUCCGCAAGAAGAAGAUAAAGCUCGACUUUUAUUGGGUGCAAGACAUUUACCAGGUGAUGCCAGAAAAAAAGGUGUCUUUAAAUUUAAAUAGCCUCUGCUGUUUCUCUACCUUGAUAUAUUUUUCAUUUACACAAAAAAUCAGUAUUCUAAUAAAAUAUUUAAUACAAAAGA